AUGUCUCGACCAGAACUGACCGCCCCGGCGGAGUAUUUCUACGACGCCGCCGAGGCAAAGAAGUACACCGCCUCGUCGAGGGUGAUUGAAAUCCAAGAAAGAUUGACGGAGAGAGCGUUGGAGUUAUUAAACUUCCCGAGGGACGAUGUGCCGAGAUUUUUGUUAGACGUCGGGUGCGGGUCCGGCUUAUCCGGGGAUCGGUUAACCGAGCUCGGGCAUCAUUGGGUCGGGGUAGACAUCUCCAGAGGGAUGUUGAAUCACGCGGUGGAGCGAGAAGUGGAAGGAGACGUUUUCGAGUCAGAUAUCGGCCACGGGGUACCGUUUCGUCCGGGAGUGUUCGACGGGUGCGUCUCUAUAUCCGCGAUUCAGUGGUUGUGCAACGCGGAUAAGAGCGAACACGACCCGAGGAAACGAUUGAAAGCGUUCUUUUCGCAAACGUAUAGGUGCUUGAAACGAGGCGCGAAGUGCGCGUUUCAGUUUUAUCCGGAGAACGCGAGGCAGGCGGAGAUGAUUGCGAGUAGUGCGUUGAGAGUUGGUUUUAGCGGUGGUUUAGUCGUAGAUUAUCCAAACUCGACGAGAGCGAAGAAAUAUUUUUUGGUCUUGGCGGCUGGACCGCCGGACUCGAUGCCGACGGCAAAGACGGACGAGGCGAAUGACUACGCCAACGCGAAACAAGACGUCGUCGGGAGAGGAGGCGGGAAGAACAAGUUCAAACAUAACAAUAACAAUAAUAGCGAAUUCGGAUUAGGUGUGAAGAAGAAGAGGAAAGGAGAUAAGCACGCGAGAACGAUAUAUGUGGGCUCAAAAUCACACCCGGAAGGGAAAGGGAAAGCGUGGGUGAUGAAGAAGAAAAAACAGAUGAGGAAUCGAGGCGUCCAGGUGGCAAACGAUUCUAAAUAUACCGGAAGGAAAAGAAAAGAGCGAUUCUAA